UAGAGGUACCUGUUUUGGGCAGCAUGAUUUUCCCAUGGAGAAAAGGCCUUUCUGGAAAGAUAAUAGUAAACUGUAGGGUCUUGAUGACAUAGUUUGGUGUGUUCUCGGUGUGGGAUGAGAUGGUAAAGAAAUAGCAAGUCCUGCGUGUAAAUCCAACAAUCAAGCUGGUAUGAAUAAAGACAUGGAAAUAAUGCGAAUAUAUAUAUAUAUAUAUUUUUUUGUUAAGAGCACAAGAUAAAUAAUAUCUACAUAACACUGGGACAAUGGUUUAAAAAAAAAAAUCUUUUAAAUUGAACUAACUAUUAUAAAACAACAUAAAACCUAAUUUCCAAAGAAUUACAUUGCUCUAAAGUGAUAUUCUAGUUUCACCUCCAUAGUAGCCUAACAUAUUCUAAUUUCAUAAGACCGGUUUGGGUUCACAGCACACAUAAACAGUGAAAGGACGAGGAAGAGGAAUCCAACCAACCCUACCACUGGCUAUUGUCUUGAGACACAGCGGGGAAGCUCAGACAAAUCUCUCUUAGUUGCAGGUGGUCAGGCGUAAGCAAAGAGUUAAGUCCCCGGGGUCUCUCUGCCCCUCCCCUUUGAUGUUCUGACAUCAUCUAGCCCCGCCCCCUGAAAGAUCUCUCUCUCUCUCUCUCUCUCUCUCUCCGUCAGAUUUGCUUUCCACAAACAACAAGUGUCUGUUCCCUCAGUUCAGUCUCUGUUCUGUUCUGCUGUGGAGUGGAAAAGUGGAGAGGAGAGGAGUGGAAUUCACAGGAGCUGCAUGUCCAGCCUCACAACUAGCUUAAGGACCAAGGGUUUGGACCAACCCUAUGAGCAAAAGACGCUAAAAAGACGCUUAAAAUACGUAUUUUUGGUUGAAAAGACGUUGAGAAUACAUAUUCUCAACCACUUUUGCUCACUGGGAAGCUACCCUGGGACUAGCUCUCUUGUGACAGUCUGAAAUCGAAUAUCUGAUUUGCUUCUUGGAGGUGUCAACAUUACCCAGACACGGGACAAGAAGACGUGCUGUGACGAGGAAGAGGCUCUUUUAUAUUUAGGACUAGCAGCAGUAGCCGUGAGCAACAACAGCGAAUGCUGAGGGCGAGGCCGCUGAGGCCGCAGUGUUUAGAAACAGAAUAGCAAUGGCUGUUCAAACUGCAAUCAUGAACUCUCCGUUCAUAAACUUCUGUUUCCCUGGGUCGGUCAUGAUGGAGUACGACAUGGAUCAGAGCCUGGACGGGAGUCCUCUGGAGGAGAGUGAGGAGAGAGGAGAAUACAGAGAAACCACCAGGAAUCUGCUCAGCUUCAUAGACUCAGCCUCCAGCAAUAUCAAACUGGCUCUGGACAAGCCAGUCAAAUCCAAAAGGAAAGUCAACCACCGCAAAUACCUACAGAAGCAGAUCAAGAGAUGUACAGGUUUCAUCAGUCCAACAGGGAACCCAGUAGCAGCUCCAGGAGCAGGUGUCAACAAGAGAAAAGGCUCUGGCUUUCCCACCCAGACUCAGCCUCAGACUCAGCCUCAGACUCAGCCUCAGACCCAGCCCGGCCCAUUCCAGCAAAGCAAACCCGUCCACAAGCGCGACGGAUUACAGGCUAACCUCCAGACCAAGAGCCUGGCUGCCCUUUUUAACUCCGUCAAGGAGCCUGUCAGGGGGGAGAGAGCCAAGAAGCCUCCACUGAGGCACCGUAACCUUCCCCCAUCCUUUUUCACUGAGCCGGACAACACCACCACCACCACCACCUCCCGAGUCACGUCCACCUCGGGCAUGUUCCUGGGUGAUCUGGAACGGGGAGGAGGGAACCCGGACUUCUUUGACCUGCUGGGGCCGGACUACAGUAACAUGCUCAGUGACCAGGAUGUGUUUCAGAAUCGCGGCCUACCCAGUAGGAUCAUCGACCAAGACAUGUUUCAGAAUCGUGGCCUGCCCAGUAGGAUCCUCCAGCACCAGCAGACUCAGGACAUAACAGACCAAGUCUCGCCCUACGACCCUCACCAUCUAGUGGGAGGAUUCUUGUAUACAGAGCCUUGGAGUACCUCUUCUCCUAAUAAGAAGGCAGGGGAGGGCGUACGGACGGGCCCAGGACCACAGACACCCCUGUACUGCCAAGCAGGAGAGGGCGUACGGACGGGCCCAGGACCACAGACACCCCUGUACUGCCAGGCAGGGGAGGGCGUACGGACGGGCCCAGGAACACAGACACCCCUGUACUGCCAGGCAGGAGAGGGCGUACGGACGGGCCCAGGACCACAGACACCCCUGUACUGCCAGGCAGGGGAGGGCGUACAGACGGGCCCAGGAACACAGACACCCCUGUACUGUCACUCUGUGUCUGAUUCCUCUGUGACAGGGUCUACAGAGGAUAGUAACUCACUGUGUACUCUGACCUUCCCCAACUUCUUCCCAGACUGCUCCGUGUCUCAGGUGUCAUACGGUCUGAGUAAUGGCGGUUACAACACAAGGGAUUUCUCUUCUCUCUGAUAACACACAUCCAUUAUUGCUUCCCUGUCUGGGACUACAGGUUGAGUAGCUGUGGUCCAAGUUGUUAGUGUGGCUACAGAUUGACAUACUGUCUAAUCCAAUCUAAUUGUAUUUUGUCACGUACAUAUUUUCCAGCAGGUAUAAAUGGUGCAGUGAAAUACUUAUGUGUUAGCUCCUUUCGACAACGCAGAACGUUUAAUCAAUAAAUCGGUAAUAACAAGUAGUAGAAGUAAUAGACGAGGUAGUAUGCAUAUUGAUAAUGUGGGUAUUUACAAAUAUAAAGUGGGUAGUGGAAUUAAUGGUAUAUAAUAAAACAGUAGCAUUGAU